AUUCUGCAAAUGGUACGAACCACACUCUUGGCUUCUAUGUGACUCUGGCCAGUGAAAAAGAGUGGCAUUCCAGACCAAAAAAGCAAUUCGAAUUGAAUUUUGCCCCCAAUCUUUCUCCUAUUUUUAUUUCCAUAUUUGGAAAUGUUUACCUCCUCAUGACUCCACAGUGCAGCAGGAAGAAGCACUGUGAGUCAUUUUACCAGUAUAAGGGCCUGGCGUUGGGUCCUCCUCACUGAGGGCUUCUCUAGUCCAUAGACACACGGGACGCUGUCUGGGAUCUUCUGGUGCUUUGUUUUUGCUCCUGAAAAAUAAUCAGAUUUCUUGACUCCAGAAAUAUGUGGGGUGACCAUUAUGAUGGUGACCAGCAAGGUCAUGUGAGUGCACGAAUGGAGACAAGCCUACCCAUGGGUACCACCAGUAUUUCUGUAUCCCAGCAACAGGCUCCUAAGAAGUUUGCUCCUGUUGUGGCUCCCAAGCCCAAGUUCAACCCCUAUAAACAUCCUGAGGAUGCAACACACGAGGGAGCUGGAGACUAUCCCCCACCUCCUCCACCUGUCAUUGACCCACACCUGUCUCCAUCCAGCUUCCCACCUCCCCCACCAAUGGAUGAGGCCUCCCUCAGCUUUCAGAUAAAAGGACCUGCGAAAACUCUAGAAGAGAGACGUUCUAGUCUGGAUGCUGAGAUCGACUCUCUGACCAGCAUCCUGGCUGACCUAGAGAACAGCUCACCAUACAAACCACGCACACCGCAGAAUUCCUCAAGCCCAGCAGCGACAGGCUCCAACGCCCCUGUUACAGGCUAUCGGCGCAUGGUCAUCCCACCUCAACCCCCUCUAACCGCCACUAAGAAAUCCACCCCCAAACCACAGACCCCUCCAACCGUCCCUCCUCCGGCUUCAUCUUCUCCACGGCCCCAAUACCAGCCUGCUCCCCAGCCUGUCCCAGCGUCCUACACCACCGCCUCUACUCCUAGCCAGCCCACCUUCAAUGUUCAGGUCAGGGCCGCCCAGCCUGGGCCCCAGCAGCAGCCGGUCCGUGGUCCAGCCCAGGUACAGUACAUGCCGGCUCAACCCAGAGGCCCUGAUUUUGCAUACGGGCCUCCGCAGCCAGGAUUCUGCCCUGCUCCGUCUGGAGGCUACCAGGACCAGCACUAUGGUGGAGCUCCUGCUUAUGGAGGUCAUAACACAUGGAGAGCUGAGCCUAGUCACCAUGCUGCUCCUCCACCCAGCCAAGGGUACCAGCCUGCUCCCCCCAAAAAAACCUACAUCACUGAUCCUCCUGCCAGCCUGACACCCUUCGGCGGUGUCCAAUCUGCUCCUCAUAAGGGUCGUCCCGAGGAGGAACUGGACCGUCUGACUAAGAAGAUGCUGUUUGACAUGGACAACCCCCCCUCUGAGGAGUAUUUUGGUCGCUGUGCAAGCUGUGGGGAGAAUGUGGUCGGUGAGGGAACAGGUUGUACCGCCAUGGACCAGGUCUUCCACGUGGACUGCUUCAUCUGCAUGACCUGUGGCUCUAAGCUCAGAGGAAAGCCCUUUUAUGCCGUGGAAAAGAAGGCUUACUGUGAACCCUGCUAUAUCAACACCCUGGAGACCUGCAACAUAUGUAGUAAGCCCAUAAUGGAGCGCAUCCUACGGGCAACUGGGAAGGCCUAUCAUCCCAAGUGCUUCGCCUGUGUGGUCUGCCAUCGGAGUCUGGAUGGCAUUCCCUUUACUGUGGAUGCCUCCAACCACAUCCACUGCAUCGAAGACUUCCACAAGAAAUUUGCCCCUCGUUGCUCUGUGUGUAAAGAGCCCAUAAUGCCAGCACCUGGCCAGGAGGAGACGGUGCGUAUUGUGGCUUUAGACCGUGACUUCCAUGUGCAGUGUUAUCGCUGUGAGGAUUGUGGCUGUCUUCUCUCUGAGGGAGACAACCAGGGUUGCUACCCUCUGGAUGGCCAUGUUCUCUGCAAAAACUGCAACACCAGUCGCAUCCAGGCCCUCACUGCCAAGGCUACGACUGACCUCUGAGUAACACAUAUCUACGGUACAUGCAGGGCCCUAAUGUUCCUGCAUUCAUCAAAGCCUGAGAAACACCAUAUCCUGUCACAUCACUGCACACACAUAUUUAUGGUCAGACAAAUGCACAGGUACGCAUAAAGCUGUCAGUCCACUUAAGGUCCCACGACUUGUCUCCUCCACACACUGUGCCUUAUAUUAAAAUUGCACUCAUUUUUUCUGUCCAAGCAUUUUUAUUUACAGAUAUGUAUCCACCAGUGCGCACUACAGCUGUUUGUAAACACCUAAACGAAUUAGGCCUUAACAUAGAGCAAAGCUGUUAGAUUCUAACUGACGUUCACAGAGCUGUUUAAUCAGGAAGUGGGACGUUAAGAAAACCGUCACAGAAAAUUAUAGAAUCUGCCUCUAAAAAGGGACCACGAUGUCUGAUCGCUAU